CGCCGCCUGGCGGACGCGGCUGAGGGGCGGCCAUGGCGGCGGCCGGCAGCGCGGAGGGUGCGGGCGGUGGCCCCGCGCUGUGGGCCGAGGUGCGGGCGCUGCUGCCCCGCUCCGAGGACGGGCUGGCCUUGGCGCUGAGCGGCGAGGUGGAGGAGUGCGUGGUGCCGCUGCUGCGGCGGGCUCGCGCGCUGCUCUACGGCGCGGAGGGCCGGCCCGGGGCGGCAGCGGCGGCGGCGCUGGAGCGCCUCAGCGACAUCCUGCGCGACUACUCGUGGGAGAAGCUGAACGCGGGGCCGUGGAGGGAGAUCGGCAAGGGCUGGCGCCAGGUGUACGCGUACGGCUGCCUGUUCGGGGCGCUGGCCGAGCUGGCCGCGGGCCGCCCGCUCGCGCGGGCCGUGCGCCUCUGCGACCUGGGGCUGCUGAUGGGCGCGGCCGUGCAGGACAAUGUCCUGGGGCGGCUGGUGCGGGCCCUGCGGCCGCACCUGCCCCCGCAGCGCCCCGCGCCCCGCGCUGCCCCCGCGGGCCCUGCCGGCUCCGAGCGGGAGCCUCCAUCGCACCGGGGCCGCCCGGAGCCGCCGCUCCCCGCCGUGCCGCCCGAGCAGGCGGUCCCGCACCUGCACUGCCCUUCGCUGCAGCACUUCAGAGACAACUACCUCAUUCCCCAGCGGCCCGUGGUCCUGGAGGGCGUCAUGGACCACUGGCCAUGUAUGAAGAAGUGGAGUGUGGACUAUUUCUGUGAAGUGGCAGGGUGCCGCACAGUGCCCGUGGAGCUGGGAGCUCGGUACACGGACGAGGAAUGGUCUCAGCAGCUCAUGACUGUCAGUGACUUCAUCAGCCAGUACAUCAUGGCCGAGAACAAUGUAGGAUACCUUGCCCAGCACCAGCUUUUUGAUCAGAUCCCAGAACUGAAAGAAGAUAUCAAUAUCCCUGACUACUGCUGCUUGGGGGAAGGGGAAGAAGAUGACAUCACCAUUAAUGCUUGGUUUGGUCCAGGAGGCACAAUCUCACCUCUUCAUCAGGAUCCCCAGCAAAAUUUUUUAGCCCAGGUAUUUGGAAGAAAGUAUAUCCGUCUCUAUUCACCACAAGAUUCAGAAAACCUGUACCCCCAUGAAAGCCAAAUCCUUCACAACACUAGUCAGGUUGAUGUGGAAGAUCCAGACUUGGUCAAGUUUCCAAAUUUCACAAAGGCUGCAUUUCAGUCCUGCAUUCUGAUGCCUGGACAGAUCCUGUUUAUUCCAGUUAAAUACUGGCACUACGUGCGAUCCCUUGAGCUCAGCUUCUCUGUUAGUUUCUGGUGGUCAUAGCUCUGAAAUGAAAUUAAAAAUCAGGGAAGUAGCAUCUCUCAGGAGAGGUUGGAGGAGCAAAACCAAAAACCAGCCAACUUUUGCUAAAGCGUGGAGAAGUAGUUACAGUGGGUAAGUGGAAAGAUGGUGCUGUAGCCACUUCUUUUUGUGAAUGUUUCUAAUAACUCCUAAAGAGCCUGUGACAGUUAUUGUCCUGUGUGUGCAUCCCUCAGGAACAGCCUGUUUAUGGGCACUGCCGGGCUCUGCCUGAAAAACCAGGUCAGUGUUAUUUUCUACUUGGAUUUAGUAACACUAAGCCCUGGAGUUAGCUAGAGAGAUGGUUAAAGGUUCAAUCCAUUAAAAAAUUAACCUAACACCAAGCAAGGCACUAGUCUCCUGCAUGGAAAAGUUACUCAUAUCCUGCUUCUGGCCAGGAUAGGGUUAAUUUUUGCAGUAGCCAGGAGGAGCAUGGUCCAGACCCAGAGGUUAUUCUGUACCAGCUCAGCCUACCCCUGAUGGGAUGGAAGGGAUAAGAUAAGGUAAUUUCUUCAGCACUUUGCAGACAUAAGCUAACAUGCCCCAAGUCUGGUCCUACUGCUUCCCAAUCCUUCUGUGGCAAUACAGAAGGAUUACAGAGCACAACUGCUUGUGACAUGGCUACAUCAAGACAAAUUCUUCUGCAUCUAAAGAAGGGACAAAACACAACCACAACUAGAAGUGUUCAACUCCAGCUGUAGGUCACAGACUCAGCCAGCUGUCUUGCACAUCCUGCACUGAUUUUCCCUGUUUGAUGUGCUACAGCAGCUGUCAUUUCCAUUGCAUCUGAAUUUGUACUGUCCCUCUACAGACAGGGAGCACGUGCUGAGAAAGGCUUCUUUCAAGAGUUCAGCUGCAUGUAUCAGCUUCCAGGACUGACUAAAACAUUUGCAUCUUUCCAAACAUGCACUGAGAGUCCCAACCCAAGAAUAUGGAGAACUACAAACACAAAACAGCCUCAAAGAAAGCUGGGCAGGUAUUAUUAGGAACAGGAACAUAAAUGAUAGUUUUAUUGUAAGAUUCUUAGAACUUUAGAAAAUGAGUGCACUGAGCACUGUUACCAUAACACAAUAACAAAUACAAUACAGUCUGGCUGUUCUGCCAGAGUGGGGGCAAACAGAUGUCACUGACAAGUUUUACUGGCAUCAUCCAGGGCCAAGAGUGGAGCUCAGUGCUGAGUCUGGGAGCACAUCCGACUGACACCUGGCAAGAAAACUAAAGGAAGGUUAAUGGACAACACACAAAAACAAAUAAUAUUGUAUCACCUCCUUUUCUAAAAUGUUUUGUAUAUUCCUGUUGCUGUUCUCAAUGUUCAAUUUCCCUGGACAAAUGGAGGAAUUCCAGAGAGAUUCUCAGAAGCUUGGUAUUCCCAGAAGUUUUAGUGUCACAGGUUGUGUGUGCCUCUAUUCCUUCCCCUCCUGUCCCACCUUCUAAAGAUAAUUAUAAAAAAUAUGCACAAGGUUGGCCAUGCCCCUGUGGCACUGUUUGGGUGCUGGGGGCUCAAUGCCUGUAUGUGUCUGGAACACACUACUGAAGUCAGAAAUAGCUGAUGUUCACAGUUAUAAAUAAUACAGACAAUGCCACUGAAUAUCACAGCCCAUCUCCUAGUAUUACUACAUUCAGCUUUUUAAAAAAUAUGUUGCUUGGUA